CAGACUUCAGGAACCGACCUUUGCAGCUUGGGGAGACGACGCGAUGUGCGGGGAUGGUGGCCACCGGGGAGGAUGUGAGGUGGAUGGUGGAUGGAUGGUGGAUGGAUGGUGGAUGGUGGAUGGUUCCUCCGGACCCUUUUGGGAGCUCAAAGAGGCCCUGUUGCGAGGGAGAGAGGGGCCAGGAGGGGGUUCGGCUCCUCCAAAAGCCGGUACAAGCUGGGCUUUUGCACCAAAAAAUGUCGAACUCAGGGUGGCCCACAUGUCCACCAUCCUCAGGCCUGCUUUGUUGGCUUGCCACCGCCGGAUCUGAAGGCCGAGUUGGACUUGGCCCCCACACUGGUGCAGGGCCAGCACUAUCCCUCCCUCUGUGGGCAGUUUGCAUGGAAGGCCGCGGCAGUCGGGAACCUCACCGACCACCAAGGUCACCAUCUUCCCGGGCGACUUUCCCCGCUUCGUCCCUCCCACGGCCGAACUGGCGGCCGCCGCCGAUGCGCCGGCGCCCGAUGCGCCGGCGGCCGCGCCCGAUGCGCCGGCGGCGGCGCACGCGGUGCCGUCGGCGCCGCCGCUCUCGGAGUGCACCGACCUGGCGCAACCGCAAGGUACAGCAGAGGAGGAGGAGUCCGUCAAGAAGGUGGAAGAGUUCUUCAACCAAACGAGGCCCAAGGACGCUGUGGAUGGCCUUUGGAAGGGCUUGUCUACGGCGGGCACCUCGGUCGUGGCCGGCUUGGGGAGCAUGGUGGCAUCCUCCGUGGCCGGGUAUCAGUCCCAAGGCGGUCUGGGCUUAGUCAAGGGCCUCGGCACCGGGCUGGUGGGCGGUGCUGCCAUUGCGGUCACCGGCACCGUUUGUGGUGCUGCGCAGAUCGGCCGCGGCCUGGCGAACACGCCCGAGGCCUUCCGCGGGCGCCGGGAGCAGCGGGUGUGGGACGCGGACCUGGGCAAGUGGGUGGACAUCGACCUGGUGAAGUUGGAGGCGGAGGUCACUGCCGAGGGCUCGGACGACGAGGAGCAGCACACGCCCUCGGCCACGGUGAAGGAGACCGAGUACUACGACCUGCUAAGGGUAAAGCCAUCUGCCAGUGCUGCGGAAGUCAAGAAGGCCUACUACAAGGAGGCGCGGGCGUGCCACCCCGACAAGAACCCCGGCGAUGCGGAGGCGAACGCGAAGUUCCAGAAGUUGGCCGAUGCAUACCAGGUGUUGUCAGAUCCUGAGUCCAGGAAGAAGUACGACCGCGAGGGCAAGGCCGGCGUGCAGGAGGGCAAUGUGAAGAUGGACCCCUCAGUCUUUUUCAGUUUGCUCUUCGGCUCCGAGCGCUUCGAGCCCUGGAUUGGUGAGCUGCAACUGGCCAUGCAAACUGGGCAGUUGGCAAAGGCCAUGGAGCGAGGCGGUCCAGAAUCCCAUGAAGAAGUUCUGGAAGAAGAGAUGAUGUCGGACAACAGCAAGGUCUUGAAGCGGCGGCAGCUUCACCGCGAGGUGCAUUGCGCAGUGCACCUCCGGGAGUUCAUGAAUGACUUUGUGUACAGGCGGGACCUGGCGCAGUUCGAGCAGCGUGCGCGCUUGGAAGCCGCUGACCUCGCACAGUGCCAGUUCGGCCCUGAGCUUCUCGCAUCCCUGGGUGAGAUGUACCAACUGCGGGCAGAGAUUUACUUGGCCGAUGAGCUGGUUGGACGCUUCUCACUCACCAAGCAGAUGGCAGCUUUCAAGCACUCCGGCAAGACCAUGCAGCACAAGUUCAGCUUGGUCUCGAACGGCGUCAACAGCCUGCUUCAAGUGAAGAAGGUCCACGAUGCCUCCAAAGCCCCGCCGGAGGAGCCCGCCGCGGCCACCGCCAGCUCCGAGGGCGAGGUAUCGGCCGAGGAGCAGGCGAGGAUGAAGGCCGUCGAGGAGAAGAUGGAGCAAGCGCUGGACCAAGCGCUUCCACUUUUCCUCCAAACUGCUUGGGCCGCAGUGGUGACCGACAUCGAUUCCACCGUGAAGGAGGUGGGCCGAAAGCUGCUCAAGGACAAGUCGGUGCCUUGGCAGAUCCGAGUGCGUCGGUCCCAAGCCCUACAGCGUUUGGGGCAGAUCUUCUUCGAGGAGGGCUCCAAAGCGUUGGCGGCCGGAGGCUCCGCGCAGACCAUGACCAGCGAGGUGGCCAAGGCAACCUUGCAGGAAGCAUUGAUGGCCUCCGUGAAGAUGGGGAAGUGAGCCUUCAGCCUCUUCUCUGACCAACUCGGAAUGGGUUGGAGCGGUGGCCUGUGUUUCCGAAGGUUGUUUUCCACAACGUUUGGGGGGG